CAGAUCUCGCACUUCAGCGGACGCACCCUUGACCAUCUGUCUUCCUGGGUUAACUCUGAGAAGUGGGCUAUCGUAUCUUUGACACGUGAAACUUGUGUUGUCGGCCACCCUCUUUCGACCGCUAACAAGAUCUGGGCUGCCUGCAAGACAAGAAGUAGAUCACGACCCUCCCUCAACGACGACACCAACACUCCACUUCUCGACGUCAACAGACCGGAUCACCAGAAUGCCCAAUCAACCGACCCAGCCCACAAAACGCGGUCGGCCGGCCAAGUCUCAGCAACCCGCCGCCGGCACGAAGCGUAAGGCCGCGCAGCAGCCCGCGCGCAAGAAGUCCGGACCCUUUGAGCUAUCAGACAGCGACGCGGCGUCGCGGGCGGUCGAGGACGAGGAGGAAGCCGAGGAGCAAGAUGAGGACGUUGACUCUCCCGAAAACACCAUUCCGCCCGAGCUCCUGACGCGGCUCUUGCACGAGUUCUUCGAAAAGGACGACACGAGGCUGAGCAAGGACGCGAACGCCGCGGCAGGCAAGUACAUGGACGUAUUCGUCAGAGAGGCCAUCGCUCGGUGUAUUCACGAGCGGCCGGGCGGCUUCCUAGAAGUGAGUUUCACUAUAUCUGGCCUCUCCUGCGGGGGUGGUGAUUUUGUGGUCAUUGUUGUUAUGUGCUGCGUACAGGCGAAGGAACUGACGGGGAAGCUAGGUUGAGGACUUGGAGAAGAUUGC